AUGGCAUCUUAACGUAAACGCAGACGGGGGAGCGAAAGCAUCUUCCCCUUGUGUUCGCCUCGGACGGAGCUGGCUGAAAACCCCACUCCGAUGAUGAUUAAUUUAUAGCUUUACCACACAGCAGGUUGCAGAACAUCUGAUCGUUUUUCAAAACGGCCCGGUUUCCGGCCAUAUGAAUAAAAAAAACAGUAUACCCCCCAUUUUUUAUGACAGGGACUCACUAUUCAAACAGCAUGAAAUAAUUCCAUUGCAUGAAGGAACUGGAGCCGGGAAAGACAGCAUGAAGUUACAAAUCUCCUGUCUUUUGCUCGUAACGGCAGCAGCCUAUGCAACGAUAGAGGCUCCUGAGGAGUUUGUCUCACUGGCUGAGAUGGAGGACACGUUGUUGAGGAAUCUUUUUCGGGGCUAUCAGAAGUGGGUGAGACCUAUCCUUCACGCCAACGACACGAUUACAGUUCGCUUUGGUCUGAAGAUCUCGCAGCUGGUGGAUGUGGAUGAAAAGAAUCAACUAAUGACCACAAAUGUCUGGUUGUGGCAGGAGUGGACAGACUAUAAGCUUCGGUGGAAUCCAGAAGAUUAUGGUGGAAUCACAUCCAUCAGAGUGCCCUCAGAAACUAUCUGGCUACCAGACAUUGUCCUUUAUGAGAAUGCUGAUGGCCGAUUCGAGGGUUCUCUAAUGACCAAAGCCAUUGUAAGGUUUAAUGGUACCAUCAUGUGGACUCCUCCUGCCAGCUAUAAAUCCUCCUGUACCAUGGAUGUCACCUUUUUUCCCUUCGACAGGCAGAACUGCUCGAUGAAGUUUGGAUCAUGGACGUACGAUGGCACUAUGGUGGACCUGACCCUGCUAGACGCAUAUGUAGACCGUAAAGACUUCUUUGACAAUGGCGAAUGGGAAAUACUCAACGCCACCGGCCAGAGGGGCAGUCGGCGUGACGGCAUUUACUCCUAUCCUUACGUCACAUAUUCGUUCAUUCUGAAACGUCUUCCUCUCUUUUAUACACUCUUUCUCAUCAUCCCAUGUCUCGGCCUGUCGUUUCUCACAGUUCUGGUCUUCUACCUCCCCUCGGAUGAAGGAGAAAAGCUUUCGCUCUCCACCUCUGUCCUUGUGUCUCUCACUGUGUUUCUUCUUGUCAUUGAAGAGAUCAUUCCAUCUUCCUCUAAAGUCAUUCCUCUGAUAGGAGAGUAUCUGCUUUUUAUCAUGAUCUUCGUUACAUUCGCGAUCAUCGUGACUGUGUUUGUCAUCAACGUCCAUCAUCGUUCUUCUGCCACGUACCAUCCCAUGGCACCGUGGGUUAAGAGUCUUUUCCUCCAGAGAUUACCCAGACUGCUCUGCAUGAGGGGACAUACUGAUCGCUAUCAGUACCCAGACAUCGAGUUGCGGAGCCCAGAGCUAAAACGAGGGAUGAAAAGAGGGCAACAGAAGAGUGCCGGAGGAGGACGAGGGGGGUUAAAGGAAGAUGAGAACCAGACCUGGAUUGCCCUGUUGGAGAAAGCCACUCACUCAGUGCACUACAUUUCCAGACACAUCAAGAAGGAACACUUCAUCAGAGAGGUUGUGCAGGACUGGAAGUUUGUGGCUCAGGUAUUGGACCGGAUCUUCCUCUGGGUCUUUCUUACAGUUUCUGUGCUUGGCACCAUCCUCAUCUUCACCCCAGCUCUGCAGAUGUACCUCAGCACAUCUUAAAAAACCAGCCUACCAAAUCUCCUUUACCCUCAACAACAUGCUUAUGACCCCUUUGAAAUAUAUGUAGUUCCCACAA